GCCCUUCCUUUAUCCGCGCACCCACCCCCCGCGCGCCCCGCUACAAAGGCAAUAUUCCAGGUUACACCAGAAAGAAGUACGCACGACGAAACAAUGUCGGAGAAGAAGCAGAGCGAGGUUUUCCCCCUGGUCAAAGGCUAUGAACUGUUUACCGAGAUCGGCGGCGGCGGUUUCAGCGUUGUCUACCGUGCCGUAAACUUUAAUACCUCUGCCGCCGCCGCGUGUAAGGUCGUAUCCCUCGCUCCCGACACACCGAAGAAAGCUCGCGAUGCCCUCAAUAAAGAAAUCGCCGUUCACCUCUCACUGAAGCACGCUAAUGUUCUCGAGUUCAUCGACUACAUUAUUAUUGAGCCACUAUUACCCAAAUCCUCGUCGCAAGAGAAGGGGAGCGCAAGCAGGAAAAGGAAGCGAGACGAAGUACGAAGGGAAGAUAAGGACGAUGAAGUCAAGACGGAGGAGCGAGAAUACGGAAAUGACGACGGACAGCCGAAGUAUCAUCCAGGAUAUUACAUGUUGCUCGAGAUUGCGGGCGGUGGCGACCUGUUCGAUAAGAUAGAGCCAGACAAGGGCGUUGGUAUAGAUGUCGCCCAGCAUUACUUUCGACAGCUCGCAGCAGGCGUGGAGUACAUUCACGAGCGAGGUGUUUGUCACCGCGAUCUCAAACCCGAAAAUCUGCUGCUUGAUAGUGGCGGAGUCCUCAAGAUCACAGACUUCGGGCUCUGCUCAGUAUUCAAGAUUACAGAUGCAAAGACGACGAGGCUGCUCAGCGAACGCUGUGGCAGCAAACCGUACAUCGCACCCGAACUUGUAGGCACUGCGCCGUACGAGGCCGAACCAGUCGACAUCUGGGGGCUUGGUAUCAUCCUGUAUACGCUGCUUAGCGGCAACACGCCAUGGGACCAGGCAGAUAAUAACGCGCCCGAGUAUGUUGCCUACUUGGAGGGCUCUGUGUUCAACCAUGCGCCGUGGAGCACAUUCGACCGCGACGCGCUAAGUCUCAUCACGGGCAUGCUUACACCAGAUCCUGCGCAGCGGAUGAGGCUGCAAGACAUUUUCCACCACAAGUGGAUGAUGCGGGAGAACGAGCUGACCCGCAGGGGGGCUGUGUCUGUUGCGGAAGCGCUAACACAGAGCCUACGGAGCACGGGUGACCUUGACAUCGCGACCCCGCCGUCACUUACCUCGCUGAUGUUGAACCGGACUGAUCGUGACGGCGAUCAGAUCAUGCUUACGGCGGCACAUUACAGUCAGUUCACACAGACCUUGUUACUCUUCUCGCAGACAUCAUCCGGGCAGCGUUACACGCCGGGUUGGACAAGAUUCUACUCAUCUCUGCCGCCCGAGGAGCUGAAGGAUAUCGUUGUGAAGACUCUUGAAAAGGAAGGCACCAAAUACCGUGUGCUUGCGCCGAAGCUCGUGCCGCGCGCAGGCGAGGAGGUCCUCGACGACACCGGGGAGGGCGAGGACAGAAAGGGUGAUAUGAUCACAAGGCACCGCAUACGCAUCGGCGGAUUCGAUCGCCGGAAGUUGAUGUACCGCGGCACAAUCGAGAUAGAGGAGUUUGAGCACGGCGAAUCCAAGGGUGCAUUUUGUGUCAUGAACCGUGAGAAGGGCAACCCAAUUUCAUGGCGUCAGCUCUGGAAGGGCCUCAUCAUGAGUCCGCUCGUUGAGCCUCACGUCCUGCGCAAGCGUGCGCCGGCGUCAUCAUGAAGGUAGGCGUACUUAGAUCGACGGAAGUGUAAUUAUGUAAAUCAAUGUUGCGUAUGUACCACCUAGUUGUAUCUGGGUAUCUGUGCUUAUUACACUUCGGGUAACUUGCU